ACUUGGUUUACACUUGUUGAGUAAAGAUACAAACAUGUCUGACGACGGCUCUAUUCAGGGCGAGCAGGAGCCCAACCUGAGCGUGCCCGAGGUUGUGACCAAGUACAAGGCGGCGGCGGACAUCUGCAACCGUGCCCUUCAGGCUGUCAUCGAUGGGUGCAAGGACGGUUCCAAAAUUGUGGAUCUAUGCCGCACUGGCGAUAAUUUUAUUACCAAGGAGUGUGGCAACAUCUACAAGGGAAAGCAAAUUGAGAAGGGUGUCGCUUUCCCGACGUGCGUCUCCGUCAACAGCGUCGUGGGCCACUUCUCCCCGAACGCGGAUGACACGAGUGCCCUUAAAGCAGGAGAUGUAGUCAAAUUUGACAUGGGCUGCCACAUCGACGGCUUCAUCGCCACCCAGGCCACCACGGUGGUCGUCCAGGCGGGCGAGGUGCCUAUCACAGGUCGCGCUGCUGACGUCAUCGCCGCCGCACGUACGGCAUUCGAUGCAGCGGUGCGCUUGAUACGUCCGGGCAAGCACAUUUCGGACGUGGCGGGGCCGCUGCAAAAGAUCGCGGAGGCGUACGGCUGCAACAUGGUCGAAGGCGUCAUGUCUCACGAGAUGAAGCAGUUUGUGAUUGACGGCAGCAAGUGUAUCCUGAACAAGCCCACUCCAGAUCAGAAGGUGGAGGAUGCGGAGUUUGAGGAGAAUGAGGUGUACGCGAUCGAUAUCGUCGUGAGCACAGGCGAGGGCAAGCCACGGGUGCUUGAUGAGAAGGAGACCACUGUGUACAAGCGCGCACUUGAAGUGGCCUACCAGCUCAAGAUGCAGGCUAGCCGCAUCGUUUUCUCCCUCAUUAACUCGAGCUUCGCCACGAUGCCUUUCACGCUGCGCGCCCUGCUGGAUGAGGCUGCCAACCAGAAGACGGAGCUCAAGGUGGGGCAGCUCAAGCUGGGUCUCGUGGAGUGCCUAAACCACGGCCUGCUGCACCCUUACCCGGUGCUACACGAGAAGGGUGGCGAGCUGGUGGCGCAGAUUAAGGGCACGGUGUUGCUAAUGCCUAACGGCUCUAGCAUCGUGACGUCGGCGUCGCGGCAGCCAGUGAACAGUGAGAAGAAGGUGGAGGACAAGGAGAUUCUCGACCUGUUGGCCACGCCGGUCAGCGCCAAGAGCGCAAAGAAGAAGAAGAACAAGGCGAGUUGA